CCCGUUCCACCAAGCACGCUCCGUUGGAAGCCUUAGCUCCUCCCUUUUUUGUGAGCGAGCGUGUGCGUGUGUGUGCGUGCGUGCGCGUGAGUGUGCGUGAGCGUGUGUAGCGGGUGGAUGACAGCUGGGAUCGCAGCGCUGCUCCGCUUCAGUCCAGUCUCUAGUAAAGAAGCUACGUCUCCAAACAGGAUGACCGUCGGCUUUCCAUGGAAGUGACUGCGCUCCGUAUAGCUACGAAACCAGAGGUCCGGGAAAGCUGCCUUCAGUUUUUUUUUAACCCUAAGGGGAGUUUAAAUGAUACCACGGCGGGUAAAUCUUCCUUAGUCUGGAUUUUUCAGAUGGAUAUUUGGAUUUGAAGAGGUGUGAUUUGAGCGCGGCAUGAAACAGAGGAGCGCGAGAGGAAGCCUUGAGAGAAAAGUAUAGCGCUCGUCUUGUUAUUUUGAGAAGGGGGCAGUGCGGCUGAACUCCUCAUGGAUUACUGACAGACCCACAGCUACAACAACUCUACACGCGUACGACCAUCCAUGAACCGCAGUCUGAGGUGAAUCCAUACUAGUGGACCAAUAGCAGCGGCGGCAGCAGCAGCAGCAGCGGCAGCGGCCAGGGUUUGACCAUGAGGUCAGAGGCCUUGCUACUCUACUUCACGCUCCUGCAGCUAGCCGGGGCGGGCUUCCCCGAAGACACGGAACCCAUCAGCAUUUCACAUGACACAAAGCAGUAUCCAGCAUUUGUGGGCCACAAGCCCGGCAGGGACAACACGCAGAGACACCGACUAGACAUCCAGCUCCUCAUGAUCAUGGACAGGACCUUGUACAUCGCUGCCAGGGAUCACAUAUACACUGUGGACACAGAGACUGCCAACAGUGAGGAGAUCUAUUUCAGCAAGAAAUUGACAUGGAAAUCCAGGCAGGCUGAUGUGGACACCUGUAGGAUGAAGGGAAAACACAAGGACGAAUGCCACAACUUCAUCAAAGUCCUCCUAAAGCAAAACAACGACACCUUGUUUGUGUGCGGAACCAACGCCUUCAACCCCUCGUGUCGCAGCUACAAGAUGGACACGUUGGAGCCCCAAGGUGAGGAGAUCAGUGGAAUGGCGCGGUGCCCAUAUGACGCAAAGCACGCCAACGUAGCCCUGUUUGCCGAUGGCAAGCUCUACUCGGCCACGGUGACAGACUUCCUGGCCAUCGACGCCGUCAUCUAUCGUAGCCUGGGGGACAGCCCGACUCUGCGGACCGUCAAACACGACUCCAAGUGGCUGAAAGAGCCCAACUUCGUCCAGGCCGUCAAUUACGGAGACUUCAUCUACUUCUUCUUUCGGGAAAUAGCGAUGGAGUACAACACAAUGGGAAAGAUGGACACGUUGGAGCCCCAAGGUGAGGAGAUCAGUGGAAUGGCGCGGUGCCCAUAUGACGCAAAGCACGCCAACGUAGCCCUGUUUGCCGAUGGCAAGCUCUACUCGGCCACGGUGACAGACUUCCUGGCCAUCGACGCCGUCAUCUAUCGUAGCCUGGGGGACAGCCCGACUCUGCGGACCGUCAAACACGACUCCAAGUGGCUGAAAGAGCCCAACUUCGUCCAGGCCGUCAAUUACGGAGACUUCAUCUACUUCUUCUUUCGGGAAAUAGCGAUGGAGUACAACACAAUGGGAAAGGUGGUGUUUCCGAGGGUGGCCAGGGUGUGUAAGAACGACCGCGGUGGCUCCCAGCGUGUCCUGGAGAAGCAGUGGACGUCCUUCCUCAAGACGCGCCUCAACUGCUCCAUCCCCGGGGACUCGCACUUCUACUUCAACAUCCUGCAGGCCGUCACCAACGUCAUCCACAUCAACGGGCGGGACGUCGUCAUGGCGACCUUCUCCACGCCCUACAACAGUAUUCCUGGGUCUGCGGUGUGUGCUUACGACAUGGCGGAGAUAGCCAACACCUUCACAGGCCGCUUCAAAGAGCAGAAAUCCCCUGACUCCACCUGGACACCUGUUCCUGAGGAGAGGGUUCCAAAGCCCAGACCCGGUUGCUGUGCCGGUACCAUGUCUGCGGAGAAGUACAAGCUCUCCAACGAGUUCCCCGAUGACACGCUCAACUUCGUGAAGAUGCAUCCUCUGAUGGACGAGGCGGUGCCUUCCAUCGCCAACAGGCCCUGGUUCCUGAAGACCAUGGUCCGGUACCGUCUGACGCGCAUCGCCGUGGACAACGAGGCGGGCCCCUACAGCAACCAAACGGUGGUGUUCCUGGGAUCGGAGAGGGGCAUCAUCCUCAAGUUCUUGGCCAAGAUGGACAGCGGCUUCCUCAACGACAGCCUCUUUCUGGAGGAGCUCAACGUCUACAACCCCGAGAGGUGCAGCGUGGACGGCGUCGAAGACAAGCGCAUCAUCAGCAUCCAGGUAGACAGCAGGAGCCACGUGCUGUGGGUGGCCUUCACCUCCUGCGUGGUGAAGGUGCCGCUGUCCCGCUGCGAGCGACACGACAAAUGCAAGAAGUCCUGUAUUGCUUCCAGAGACCCUUACUGUGGCUGGGUACAGGAAGGCGCCUGCAGAGAAGUGUUCCUCAACACAAACAGAUCCAGCUUUGAGCAGGACGUGGAGCACGGCAACACAGAUGGCCUGGGAGACUGCCAAAAUUCCUUUGUGGCUCUGAAUGGCCACCACCAUCAACACCACCACCACAACCACCACACCCUCCCCUUCCCCACCUCGGCCCUGCCCGAGGCCGCCGAGGGGCCCCUGGGCCGGAAGGACCCCCCCAUGAGCUCAGGCAAAGGGGAGGACCCCUACAUGGCGGUGCCCUCUCAGACUCUGCCAGAAGCCAAUGGUGUGAUCCGCGAGAGCUACCAGAAGGGGCGUAACCAGCUGGUACCUGUCACCCUCCUCGCAAUCGCCGUCAUCCUGGCCUUCGCCAUGGGCGCCAUUUUCUCCGGCAUCAUCGUGUACUGCGUGUGCGACCACCGCCGGCGCGACGUUGACCUGCCCGGCCGUAAAGAGAAGGACGGCCAUCACCUCCACUCCCGCCGCGGCUCCAUGAACAGCGUGACCAAGCUGACGGGCCUGUUCGAGACGCAGGCCAAAGACGGGCGUCCCGAGGCCAUCAUGACCCCGCUGAUGCACAACGGCAGGAUGGCGGCCAACGGGAAGAUGCUGAUCAAGGCGGACCAGCACCACCUGGACCUCUCGGCCCUGCCCACGCCCGAGUCCACCCCCAUGCAGCCCCGCCGCAAGCCCAGCCGGGGCAGCCGCGAGUGGGAGAGGAACCAGAACCUGAUCAACGCCUGCACCAAGGACAUGGCCCCCAUCGGCUCCCACGUCAUCCCCACCGACCUGCCGCUCAGGGCCUCCCCGGGCCACAUCUCCAGCGUGGUGGUGCUGCCCCUGCGGGAGCACCAGCUGCAGCUCCAGUCCCACCUGCAGCAGCACCAGCAGGCCUACCAGCACGAGUACGUGGAGCAGCCCCACCGCGGCGGCGGCGGCGGCGACAUGGGCCUGGGCCACCACAACGCCACGGACGACCAGGGCGCCACCCUGGAGUACAACAAGAGCCCCCUGCACAACCUCAGCAUGGUGGACCCGGACGGGCUGCUGCCGCCCCGCGUGCCCCAGCGGGAGGCCUCGCUCACCGUGCCGCCGGCCGUGCCCCAGAUGGGCAAGCGUCUGGAGGUGCACUCCUCGGUGUACGGGCUGCGGAAGGGCUCGGGGUCCUCGGCGGCGUCCGCGGGGUCCUCCGGCCUCAAGAAGCACAACACCAACUCCUCCAACUCCUCCCACCUGUCGAGACACCACAGCUUCAACCGCGUGGAGACCCCGCCCCCGGCGCCGCAGAGGGUCGACUCCAUACACAUGACCGCGCAGGGCGUGUCCCUGUCGCGGCAGGCCGGCAUGAGCUCCUACGGUUCGCUGCCGAGGGCCGCCUUCAAGUAUCUGAAGCCCGACGUCCCUCCAAAGCCCUCCGUGGUGUCGCUGUCGACGAAGGGUAAGCCCAGUGACUCCUGUACAUAGUGGGUCAGACCGGCCGGUCCACGGCGGACGGAUGGAAGUGUCGGGGGAGGGGGAAAGGUUGGAGAGAAAGGAAAAAACACAACAUGCAUCUCCUUCUAGUCCUUUGUUUUGUUGAUGUUCAGUCCAGUGGAAAAUGCAACACACUUUCUAAAGAAGACAUUUUUCCUUUUUUUUUAUAAAUAUGUAAAUAUUAAUAUAAAUGGUUGUGUCGUCGUGGGUUGCUGUCAUCGAGUUCAGGCUCUGGCUGGCUCCCCCGGUCUCUCUGGAAACAUACACGGUAACUUUUGACUCCUCCCCCUCCCCUCCAAACAUCAGAAGAUGAGGCCCCGCCCCUACACUGUAUCUCAUCCAACACCGGUCCCCUUGUAGCAUCCGAGGCCAUGUUUCUGUGGACUCUGCUCUCCGUUCUUUGGGACUCGACAGAUGUAUUUCUGUUUUCCGUCCACCCGACGAGAGCACACAGAAAGACAAUGCCGAGACACGGACAGUCGUUGUUGUACAGUACCUCAAGAACUUGGAGGGGAGGGGGAUGGGGUUGAUGGCUGUUGGGAGAGAAAGGGGGAGGGUCGUAAGGAGGCCACUGGGAGACUGAAUCCAGACACUUGUGCUUGGGACUGGAGGGUUGACAGAAGGCCAGGAGUUUACGUAGGAAACUGUGAAAAGCCUCUCAGUGUUACAGCUCCACCGGAGGUCAGAGGCCUGACUCUGUGUGAUUGGACGCCCCGGAUGCCAGGAGAAUCCUCUACCAAACUGUUUUCUGAAUAACACAUGACUGUUAAUACUAAUAGCUUGUUGUAUUUAUUUUUUAUUAAGUGCUUUUGAAGAAAACAAAACGAAAAAAAGGACUGACUUUUUAGGCUCAGAGAAAUCGAAGAUAAGGACAAAGGGAGGAAUUCUUUUUAAUAUUGAUUAAUCAAGUGUGAAAAAAAACAACAAAUAUUUAAAGUCAUUAAACUGGAGUCAGGAGAUCUUUGUUGAUGUCUUCAGGUCCAUGAGUUCUUACUGUGGGCUCUGUGGAGGCGGGCUCAGCAGAUUAAGACAUAUGUUACCUCUGUACAGAGGAGAUAUUUAUUUCAACUGUGCCAGACAGGGACUUGUACCUUUGCGGACCAGAAUCUUGAUGUUGAUCUAGAUCAAUCAUACAAAAGAAGAAACUUCCUAAAAAAUCAAACAAAGUCAAACAACACAAAUACACACACACACACCCACACACACACACCCACACACACACACACACACACACACACACACACACACACACACACACACACACACA